AUGACUACGGCCACCAACCAGUACGAGACUUCUAGCACGACCACAUCGACAGCAACUGAUAUUCACAUGGAUAAACUGAACGAAAAAUAUAACGAAAAUAUGGAGUCUUCAAUAGAGGACGAAAAAAUCCAAAAAGAUGAUCUCGAAAAGGAUACCGGCAAAGAUGCAACGGCAGACCAACAAGCCGAACCUGAAUAUCCCGACCUGUUUAAAGCUGUUUUGAUAGUCGUCUCUCUCUUCAUCACCGUCUUCCUAGUGGCGCUAGAUCAGACCAUCAUUGGAACAGCUAUUCCCAAGAUUACCGACCAGUUUCACUCGGUCCAGGACGUUGGCUGGUACGGCAGUGCAUACUUUUUGACGUCUACAGCUUUGCAGCCUACAUAUGGCCGUAUAUACAAAAUCAUGAAUGUCAAAUGGGCUUUCCUUGCCGCCAUUUUUGUGUUUGAGCUGGGCUCUUUGAUAUGUGGUGUCGCUCCCAACAGCUCGACUCUGAUCGGUGGUAGGGCUAUUGCAGGGUGUGGUGUUGCCGGCAUCUUCUCCGGAGCAUUGGUCAUUCUCAGUUUCUCUAUUCCCCUUCGGCAACGGCCGAUGGUGUUUGGUCUUUUUGGCGCAGUCUGGGGUGUGGCAUCCGUCGUCGGACCCUUACUGGGAGGAGCGUUCACCGAUCAUAUUUCAUGGAGGUGGUGUUUUUACAUCAACUUACCGAUCGGAGGCGUCGCCGCGGCCAUUGUUGUUCUGAUUCUUCACCUCCCUGCCAGAAAGAACGACAAGACUCAAACAUGGUCUCAGACACUACUAGAGCUUGAUCUUGUCGGCGCGGCACUCAUCAUUCCCGCCAUUGUGUGCCUUCUGCUAGCACUUCAAUGGGGCGGCAACAAAUAUCCCUGGAGCGACUCACGAAUAAUCGGCCUCUUCGUCGGAUUCGGCUUGAUUGCGAUUUUGUUCGGCAUCUCUCAAUGGAAACUUGGAGAUCAAGCGACUUUGCCGCCCAGGAUUCUUAAGAAGCGGACCGUAUGGUCAGUAUCCAUCUUUGCGGUCUCCUUCGGUGGAGCAUUCUUUCUCUUCAUGUAUUAUCUACCCAUAUACUUUCAAUCGGUCAAAGACCACUCGGCCACCAAGUCGGGUAUCGAUUUGCUGCCUAUUCUGCUCGCAACGGUGAUUUCAUCCGUCUUUUUCGGCGGCCUAAUCACCGCCGUGGGUUACUAUACGCCAUUCCUAAUCCUCAGCACGGUACUUUUCUGUAUCGGAAGUGGACUGUUGACGACGUACAGUACGACUAUAUCAACACCAAAAUGGAUCGGAUAUCAAAUCCUUGCUGGAGCUGGUGUCGGGGCAGGAUUCCAGGUCCCCAUGACCGCCGUUCAGACAAUUCUGUCCCAAGAAGAUAUACCCAUUGGAUCUGCCGCGGUAAUGUUCUUCCAGAAUCUAGGUGGUGCUUUGUUCAUUUCAGUUGGUCAGUCAGUUUUUCAGAAUGGGCUCUCUAGCUACAUGCAGUCACACGUACAAGACAUUGAGCCUAGCGUCAUCAUCAGUGCAGGAGCAACUGCCAUAAGAGAUGUUCUUUCAAAGAUUGGCAAACUGGAUGAAUUGCCAGCUGUCGUGGAGGCCUACAUGGCGGGUUUGGUGAAUGCUUAUCGAGUCAGCUUGGCCUUGACAUGCGUUGCGUUGGUUGCUACUCUUUUCGUGGAGUGGAAGAGCGUGAAAGAUAAUGGAAAGGAAGGGUCCGAGCCAGCUAUUGCUGUUUAA